AUGGGUCUCUUGGAAGACAUAUAUGGUCCUAAUCUAGAGGAGGAACAACCGCACGAGUACUCAGAGUACCGGUCUGAGAAGGGCUAUGGCUGGGCGGAGGCCUUGCCGCGAAGGCAGGGCCUUUAUGACCCUGAGCUGGAGAAAGAUGCCUGCGGAGUAGGCUUCACAGCUCAUAUUAAAGGCAAGCCGAGUCAUAAAAUCAUCACUGAUGCGCGAUACCUACUUUGCAACAUGACUCAUCGGGGUGCUGUGGGUUCAGAUGCCCGAGAUGGAGACGGAGCAGGCGUUAUGACCAGCAUUCCACACAAGUUUUUCGUAAAACACUUUGCUCGGGAUGCUGGUGUGGAAUUACCACCACUGGGAAAAUAUGCCGCGGGCAACCUAUUUUUUAAACCAGAUUUGGAAGCCUUUGAAGAGUCCAAAGUUACCUUUGAGGAUCUAGCAAAGUCCCUCGGCCUCCGUGUUUUAGGCUGGCGCGAGGUUCCCCGCGACUCGACUCUUCUCGGGCCAGCUGCGCUUUCUCGUGAGCCAUUUAUUAUUCAGCCAUUCGUUGUGCUACACUCUGCGUAUGGUGAUGGAAAUAAACCAAAUAGUGAUCAUGAAGAAAACUUCGAUGAGAGAACAUUCGAGAGACAACUCUAUGUCCUUCGCAAACGAGCAACGCACGUCUUGGGCCUAGUGAAUUGGUUUUAUAUUUGCUCGCUGAGCAACAAAAACAUUAUUUAUAAGGGCCAACUUGCGCCGAUCCAAGUGUAUGAAUAUUAUCAUGACCUUCUAUCCGUUGAUUACGAGGGUCAUUUCGCUCUCGUUCACUCACGUUUCUCGACCAACACUUUUCCAUCAUGGGACCGCGCACAGCCUCUGCGAUGGGCCGCUCAUAACGGUGAAAUUAAUACUCUGCGUGGAAACAAAAAUUGGAUGAGAGCCCGAGAGGGUGUACUUAAAUCUGAUAUCUUCGGCGAUGAACUCGAAUACCUUUACCCUAUUGUCGAAGACGGUGGUUCCGAUUCUGCCGCCUUUGAUAAUGUUCUCGAGUUGCUCACGAUUAAUGGUGUGCUGUCCCUCCCAGAGGCUGUCAUGAUGAUGGUUCCUGAGGCCUGGCAGGAUAAUCCGGCGAUGGACCCCAAAAAAGCUGCCUUUUAUGAGUGGGCUGCCUGUUUGAUGGAGCCAUGGGAUGGGCCAGCUCUUUUCACUUUCUCCGACGGUCGCUACUGUGGCGCAAAUCUUGACCGGAACGGCCUUCGUCCAUGCAGGUACUAUGUGACUGACGAUGACCGGAUAAUUUGUGCAUCAGAAGUUGGUACCAUUGCCAUCGACCCGGAACGAAUUAUCGAAAAAGGGCGAUUACAACCAGGGAAGAUGCUUCUAGUUGAUACUGUAGCCGGAAGGAUCAUUGAUGAUACAGAGCUGAAGAAGACUGUAGCUAAUCGUCAGCCCUUUGAAGACUGGAUUGAAGAGCACUUGCUGAGCCUUCCUGAAAUCCAUCAAAAGUUAUCAGAUGGAGAUGUUAAUCUCACACCAACACUGGAUAGUAUCACUAUCCAACAGGACCCACGUCUCAAGGCUUUCGGCUAUUCUUUCGAACAAGUCAGUCUUCUUCUUGGUCCCAUGGCUGCAGAUUCUAAGGAAGCACUUGGGUCUAUGGGUAACGAUGCCCCAUUAGCCUGUCUAGCACAGCAGCCAAGAUUGUUGUACGAAUAUUUCCGUGAGCUUUUCGCACAAGUCACCAACCCCCCAAUUGACCCCAUCCGUGAGGCUAUUGUUAUGUCGUUAGAGUGUUAUGUCGGACCUCAGGGAAACCUCUUGGAAAUCGACUCUUCUCAAUGCAAUCGCCUCCAUCUUCCUUCGCCGAUCCUUUCAAUCAACGAAUUUAAUGCCGUUAAAAGUCUUCCAUCGUUGCACAGCGAUUGGUCUAUCAAAACAAUAGAUAUCACUUUUGAAAAAUCAAAGGGUAUCCAGGGAUAUCUUAAUGCUUUGGAUGAUAUUUGUGCUGCCGCUACUACGGGCAUUGAAAAUGGAGACCGUAUUCUUAUACUAUCCGACCGUGCUACAUCUGAAGAUCGAGUAUCGGUGUCAACCCUUCUUGCUACUGGUUUAGUCCACCAUCAUCUGGUUCGAAAUAAGUGGCGUUCACUUGUUGCCCUAGUAGUAGAGACUGCAGAAGCCCGUGAAGUUCACCACAUGUGUGUCCUUGUGGGAUAUGGCGCCGAUGCUAUCUGCCCAUAUCUGGCUAUGGAAUGUAUUUUGAAAAUGCACCGCGAAAAUCUGAUUAGAAAGACGCUCACAGAUGAACAAGUGAUCACCAACUACAAGACAUCCUGCGAUGGUGGCAUUCUCAAGGUGAUGAGCAAAAUGGGUAUUUCCACACUGCAGAGUUAUAAAGGCGCUCAAAUUUUUGAGGCCUUAGGCAUCGAUGACAGUGUAAUUGACCGUUGCUUCGCUGGCACCGCCAGCAGGAUUCGUGGUAUGACAUUCGAACAAAUUGCGCAGGACGCGUUCGCUUUCCACGAACGGGGAUAUCCCACACGACAUAUUACCCAAAUCCCUGGCCUUCCUGAGUCUGGUGAAUACCAUUGGCGAGACGGUGGCGAAGCUCAUAUUAACGACCCCGUCAGUAUUGCAAAUAUUCAGGAUGCCGUGCGCACUAAGAACGACAAGUCGUACGAAGCGUAUGCGAGAUCAGAACAUGAGCAGGUCAAAAACUGUACACUUCGUGGGUUACUGGACUUUGAUUUCGAGCAGCGCCCACCUGUACCAAUUGAACAAGUCGAGCCAUGGACAGAAAUUGUUCGGCGUUUUGUCACCGGAGCCAUGUCGUAUGGCUCCAUUUCUUAUGAAUCGCACUCCACUCUUGCUGUCGCAAUGAAUCGACUGGGCGGCAAAUCCAAUACCGGAGAAGGAGGCGAAGACCCGGAGCGCAGUCAAAUUCUCGAAAAUGGCGACACUAUGCGAUCUGCUAUUAAGCAGAUAGCCUCAGGUCGGUUUGGGGUGACGUCGGCAUAUCUCGCCGACGCAGAUGAGCUGCAGAUUAAAAUGGCCCAAGGCGCCAAGCCGGGAGAAGGCGGUGAGCUUCCAGGCUCGAAGGUCACGGGGCCAAUUGCCAACACUCGCCGCUCUACCCCUGGCGUCGGCUUGAUCUCACCACCACCACACCACGAUAUUUACUCCAUUGAAGACUUGAAGCAGCUGAUCUACGAUCUGAAAUGCUCUAAUCCUCGCGCGCGUGUUUCGGUGAAACUGGUCUCCGAAGUUGGCGUUGGUAUCGUUGCCUCCGGAGUCGCGAAAGCCAAGGCUGAUCAUAUCCUCAUCUCUGGCCAUGAUGGAGGAACAGGCGCGUCGAGAUGGACAGGUAUUAAGUAUGCAGGCUUGCCAUGGGAGCUAGGCCUCGCUGAGACUCACCAGACGCUUGUGCUCAACGAUCUUCGAGGUCGUGUGAUCGUACAGACCGAUGGUCAACUGAGAACGGGCCGAGACGUUGCCAUCGCCUGCUUACUUGGAGCCGAAGAAUGGGGUUUCGCAACUACUCCUCUUAUCGCUAUGGGCUGCAUAAUGAUGCGUAAAUGCCAUUUGGGUACGUGUCCGGUUGGAAUCGCGACCCAAGACCCUGCUCUCAGAGAAAAAUUCGAGGGCACACCAGAGCAUGUUAUUAAUUUCUUUUACUACGUGGCGAAUGAACUCCGUGCUAUCAUGGCAAAACUAGGUAUCAGAACUAUUAAUGAGAUGGUUGGUCGUGCAGAGUUACUCAAGAUUCGCGAUGACUUGUCAUCCCCCAAAUUGGAAAAUAUUGAUCUCUCACUCAUCCUUACACCUGCUCAUUCACUUCGCCCGGGUGUUGCGACAUACAAUGUUAGAAAGCAGGACCACCGCCUCCAUGUUCGACUCGACAACAAGCUUAUUGCUGAAGCAGAACUCGCAUUAGAGAAAGGCCUUCCAUGUCGUGUUGAAUGUGACAUUGUCAACACCGACCGAGCGAUGGGUGCCACCCUCUCAUACCACGUAAGUAAACGAUAUGGAAAUGUUGGCCUUCCUCAGGAUACCAUCCAUGCAAAUAUCAAAGGCUCGGCUGGGCAGUCGUUCGGUGCAUAUCUUGCGCCCGGUAUCACCUUAGAGUUAGAGGGUGAUUCAAAUGACUAUGUUGGGAAAGGCUUAUCUGGCGGUCGCCUCAUCAUAUAUCCCCAUCGGGGAGCUGCUUUCAAAGCCGAAGAAAAUAUCAUUAUUGGUAACGUAUGUCUAUACGGUGCAACUGGCGGUAGCUGCUAUUUCCGCGGCGUAGCGGCCGAGCGAUUUGCUGUUCGCAAUUCUGGAGCCACCGCGGUCGUUGAAGGCGUUGGUGAUCAUGGCUGUGAGUAUAUGACUGGUGGCCGUGUGCUUAUUUUAGGCACUACUGGCCGCAAUUUCGCAGCUGGCAUGUCCGGUGGCAUUGCGUACGUACUUGACAUGCAAGGUGAUUUCCACACUCGAGUAAACACGGAAAUGGUUGAGCUCUGUGGAAUUGAGGACCCAAGCGAAAUUGCUUUUGUCCGUGGUCUUAUUGAAGACCAUCACCACUAUACUGGCUCCGAAAUUGCUGCUCGCAUUCUUCUCGACUUUAGCAGAGCAUUAAGUCAUUUUGUUAAGGUUCUCCCGACUGACUAUAAACGUGUUAUGGAAGAAGAAGCUGCCAAAAAAGCUGCGGCUAAGAAGCCCUGGCACUCUAUUGUGAAAUCCCCAGAGCCACUUGUUAAGGAGAAGGUAGGUGCCGGUCACGAAGAAGGCAAAAAGAGCCAGAUCCUUGAUAUAGAGGAUAGUAUCAUAGAUUCUAAAGCGGAGAAAAAGCGAACUGCUUUGAUUCUUGAUAAAACUAAGGGUUUUAUGAAAUACCGUCGCCAUAAUGAGAAAUACCGCAAUGCUAAGACUCGAACGAAGGACUGGGCCGAGUUGUCACAACGAUUGACAGAAGAUGAACUGAAGUAUCAAUCUGCCCGCUGCAUGGACUGCGGUGUUCCCUUCUGCCAAUCUGAUACGGGAUGCCCAAUUUCUAACAUCAUUCCUAAAUGGAAUGAGCUUGUGUUCCAGAACCAAUGGCAGGAUGCUCUGAACCGCUUGCUAAUGACAAAUAACUUUCCCGAAUUCACCGGCCGAGUUUGCCCGGCUCCUUGUGAAGGUGCUUGUGUCCUUGGAAUUAAUGAAGACCCAGUUGGCAUAAAAUCCAUUGAGUGCGCUAUCAUUGAUCGAGGGUUUGAGAUGGGUUGGAUGGUGCCGAAUCCACCGCCAAAUCGCACUGGGAAGACCGUGGCAAUCAUUGGUUCUGGCCCAGCUGGUCUUGCUGCGGCGGAUCAACUGAAUCGCGCAGGUCAUAGUGUCACUGUGUAUGAGCGCGCAGACCGCAUCGGUGGCCUUUUAAUGUACGGCAUCCCGAAUAUGAAAUUAGACAAGCGGGUUGUUCAGAGACGUGUUGAUUUCAUGACUGCCGAAGGUAUCAAGUUCUGUGCGGGCACUCCUGUUGGACCAGAUGAUGGUGUCACCUUGGAAUCUCUGCGAAAGGAAAGCGAUGCUGUUGUCAUUGCUACAGGCGCAACAGUUGCUCGAGACCUUAAAAUCCCGAACCGCGAAUUAAAUGGGAUUCACUUUGCUAUGGAAUUUCUCCACAAAAAUACCAAGUCUCUCCUUGACUCUGAACUCGCCGAUGGCGCAUACAUAUCGGCCAAGGACAAACACGUUAUUGUUAUUGGGGGUGGAGAUACUGGGAAUGACUGCAUUGGCACUUCCGUACGUCAUGGCGCUAAAUCAGUCACUAACUUUGAGCUGCUUCCACAGCCACCUGGUGAGCGUGCAGGGGACAACCCUUGGCCACAAUGGCCUCGAGUCUAUCGCGUGGAUUACGGUCAUAGUGAAGUUAAAUCUCACUUUGGUAGGGACCCUCGUGAAUACUGUGUGAUGUCCAAGGAGUUCGUUGGAGAUGACCAAGGCAACGUGAGAGGUAUUAAUAUCACUCGCGUUGAGUGGGCCAAGAGCUCUUCUGGCGGCUGGGACAUGAAAACAAUUGAAGGGAGCGAGCAGUUUUUCCCAGCGGAUCUUGUUUUGCUGUCAAUGGGCUUUUUGGGCCCAGAAGACCGGGUUUUGGGCGAUGGCGUCGAACUGGACGCAAGAAAAAAUAUAAAAACACCUCCUGGUCACUAUUCAACUAAUAUCCCAGGAGUAUUUGCCGCUGGAGAUUGCAGGCGCGGCCAGUCAUUAAUUGUCUGGGGCAUCAAUGAAGGCCGUCAAGCUGCUCGUGAAAUCGACUCCUACCUUUUAGGCACGUCCUCUCACCUUCCUAUUACUGGAGGUAUCGUUCGUCGCUCCGCGAUAGACUCGGUGCCACAAACCCGUCCAGUCCAGCUGCAAAGCGUUACUGCUUAA